AGACAACACAGGUUCUUGGUCUUAAGCCUUGUUUGCUAGGUGGCCAUGGAGGAGCUUUAAGAAGUGUGCAGGCUCGGGGAGUUAGGAUAAGAACCAAACGAAACACGCCCUCCCAUCCAGCCCGUUAGACGUGGUUGCCUCACAUCCGGUGAGGCUGAGGACUCUGACAGUCAGUGAAUGCCACUGUCAUCACAGCCAGGUACACUUUCAUUAUACUCCCGGAAAGGCUGGAGUUUAACCCGGCUCAAGAGCUGCUGGCUAAGCCUCCCCUAGCUCUUUGGGAGAUUGGAAGCCAUUGGUUUAUGCCACUAAGAGUUGGGACUUUGGAUUUUCUGGCCCAGGCUGUUGGCUUAAGAUUUAGGUCUCCUGGGUCGUGUUGAACUUGGUUUCCUCUUGGGGAUCCUCUGGCAGAACUGUCAAAACCAAAAUCUAGUCGACAGCGGCUCAUCCGCCACACCGCGGACAGCACCCGGGGCCUGUGGAUGUGGCUUGCGGUCUGCAGGGGGCACCCGGGUCCCUCCGCGCCAGGCAGCGACCAGGCAUCGAAGAUCGGCACCCAUCGGGGACAAAUAAGCCCCGUGUGACAGGAGAAUGUGAUUUUUGUCCUGCCCCAGAGAAGCAAGUCACUGAGUGUGAAAAACUAUAGCCAUGGGAUCCCCAAAAUCUGAGAACAAAAAGAGAGUCCUUCCCUCAUGGAUGACAGCCCCUGAGGAUGAGCGGAGGGAGCUGUCAGUGAAGACAUCCAAAAGGAAGAGAAGAGCGGCUGCGCAGGAUGGGGUAGCAACAAGGUCCCCCGCCACGAAGACUGUGUACUGCAUGAAUGAAGCUGAAAUGGUUGAUGUGGCCCUGGGGAUCCUGAUCGAGGCCCGCACACAGGAAAUGCCGUCUCUGGUGGCCGCUGAUAAACUGCAGCUCUCCCCUCCCUACCCGGCAGCGUCUCCUCACACCAGUUCCCCCGGGAGCAGCAGCGAGGAAGAGGGCAGCGGGAGCAGCUCGCCUGCUUUAGACCUCAGCCCUUCCCAGGGGCCAGAAGCCACCGACUCGCCCUGUGGCAGCAGCCCGAAGGAGGAAAAGGAGGAGGAAGAUGUGUUAAAGUAUGUCAGGGAAAUAUUUUUCAGUUGAUGUGAACUGUUCACUGGACUCUCUGCUGAGAGCAGUGGGGUCUGUUGAGAACUCAGGAUACUGCCUACCCCUGCCACCCUUGAAAACCAGGCCUUGCUCCCAGCUUCCAGUCCCAGGCGGCUUUCAUGAGGGGGGAGGGGGCUUUUCUGAAUGGGGAAGACAUAUUGCAGGAUGCACAAAUGCAUCCCAUUAGAGUCUUGUCCUGAACUGCCCUCUAACUCAGAGGGUCUGGCAUCCCAGCCCUGGGUUUUAUUCAAAUACCAGCAAAAAUGAGGUCGUGGGCUCACUUGCUGGAAGCAAAGUUAUCGGUGCUGAGAACACCAGCAUUCCAGAUAGGCAGCCAGAGCUCACCCUAAGGAGGAGGCCUGCACACAGUCUCCAUCAUGACACAGUCCAGCAACCGACUUCCCCCUCCAGCCUAAAAUCCUGGCGGCUGCCCACAGUUCCCCGCCAGACUAACAGCAGGGGUUCUCCCAGACUGGUGAGCCAAACUGGCCCUCUCUACCACCUGUCCCCUCUCUUCCACCCAGGGCCUCCACCGUGGGGGGUGGGGACAGGAGACACUGAGAACAAAAGAUCACACCAGAGUCCAUCUUUCUUUGUAUUCACGGUGGCUUUUGAUGAGCACAGCAAGAACUCAUAGGUUUUGUGCUAUACAGACAUUGAAAACUAUAUAAUGAUGCCCCCAGUGCGUAAUAAGGACCCUACUUCUGCCUUCUGCAGGUGAGGGGAUGCGGUGUAUGUUGGCGCGCAAUUAUUCAGUCAGGGCUUUGGCACAUCUUGCAUCUGCAUUCCUGGUUCACAACAAUGGUUUGACAGCUGACUCCUGUCCGGCGUCAGGUCCAGGGGCCUGUUCAGGGGACCCCACGAAGUUAGCAAGGAUUCUCUUGUGCCCUGUGUUUCUUAGCUGAGUCCCUUUGAGGUUGUUCCUGGACCUCUGGGGCCAGAGUUCUGGUGUGGGGCAUCAGGCUAGAGGAACAGAAGCUGGCUAACAGGCCUUGACGUUAAAGCGGUUUCUUCCGACCAUCCCAUUUGUUGCCGUAAACCUUCACCGAGUUCUUGUUGGACACUUUUGCCAGUCCGCUUGGAAAUCUGGCCUCUGACAAUCAGGCUCCCGCCUCCCUGAGCCCAGAGUGAGAGCUGUUCCGAUUGGCUGAUGAGCCCAGAGUGAGAGCUGUUCCGAUUGGCUGAUGAGCCCCAGAGUGAGAGCUGUUCUGAUUGGCUGGUGAAAGCAAGGCUCCUUGUGCUAAUGAGCUACAGGGUUUCCGAGUCCUCCAGAGAAAGGAAGGACACUAAGAAGCUGCAAGUACCCCAGCCAUCCAUGCUGCCUCCGGGCUCCUUGACACGGCAGCCCUACCGUUCAGUGGGUGGUUCCAUCUGCCUGAGCUUGAGAUCAGCAUUAGCUACGAAACAAGGUGGUUGAGCGGACCCACCCAGCCACAGGGUCUCUGGCACCUCCUCGGUGCGCAGUUGGAAUUGAACCCUUGUAAUCCCAUAAACCUUUAGGCUGGACUAACUAACAGCUCUCCCACUUGCUCUUGUCCCUCUUUUCCCGUGGAGGGAGCAUAACUGUGGCCAUAAGCAGGCAGAUGAGCAAGACCUGGGCUGAGCACAGGGCUAGAAAGCCAGGCCCUAGCAAGGCGAGCCUGACCCACUUCCACACGUAGGUGAGAAAGAGGCUCAGUCCACUGGCCAGCAGGACGGAGGAUGCCACCAGGAAGCCCACUGCCAGCUGCCACUCUCCUUCAUCGCCGUUGCACUGGGCAAGGAGGAGAGGCAGAGGGACAAAGAUCAUGAGGACCAGGGCUCCGUACACACCAAGCCUGGCCAGGGCUAGGCCAACCUGAGGAACCCCCAGGGCUUCCAGCUCAGGAAAGUUGUAACAGUGUAGGGAGCCAGUGUCCUCCUUCCACAGACAGAAGUUGUAGAAGCCGAUUCUCAGGUUAGGCAGGUCGGCGAGGUUGCCAGCCUUCCAGAGGAGAGCGUAGAGCAUCAGAGAGAGGAUCACAGCCGCGAGGAUCAUGAUGCCCACGAAGGGCAGGCAGUUGCUCCGCCACAGCCUGGAGAUAGCCAUUUCUUCUGCCCGUUGCAGGGGGGACCUGGAAAAGGUCACACCAGUGAGUAUCCAGCCCUUCCCUCAGGCCUUGGUGUUUAGAAGCACCCGUUCUUUCUGUGACAGGAAGUCCCAGGUCAUGGUCAGGUCCCACUCACAGUGGGACCUCUGAUGGGAGGUCUUUCCCAGGUCGCUGUGGAAACCUGACAUAUCCUGAGCCAGAGCCCUGAUGUCAAAGGCUUUAUUGCAGCAUAGAUAAUAUAAACCAUCAGAAGCUCUGUGAGGGGGUGUCUCAGCCUCGUGGAGGUGAGUUGGGGUGCAGGCUUGAUUUGAGUCUCGCUUCUCACUCUGCUGCUGACAACUACCUGGGAAACUGGAAAGAAGGCAUCCAGCUGGGCUACAUGCCAGUCAAAUCAGUGCCUGUGCUCUGGCUGGAUGUGAGGCUGGGUGGAGGAUCCGUAGCCUGUGUCUCCUGCCCAAUUUUGGGAACUGAUUUGGGUAAAACAGGACCUCCCCAAUGAAGAAAUCAUAUCAUUGCACGCCAUUGAUUUUAAAACGUCUGUCUGUCCACUUCCCCAUACAACAGUAAUCUAUUUUUAGAAAAUUCUGGAAAUAUGUCUUAAAGCAAAAAUUAAAAUAAUCAUUUAUCCUACUACCCCAGAAAAACCACUGUUCUUUUUCCACGACUGUAUUCCCCAUGUGACUGUGCUUUUAAAAAGCAUACUGUUACACAUGGUU